CCCAGUGCAGCAAGAUAGUAUCUUUCCACUCCAGAAGAAAACCAGUGUGAAGACUGGUAUUUCUUGGGCCACACCACUUGCGCGUGGUGCAGCAAAAUUUCUGCAUGAUGCAUUUAACGUGAGUGCAGUUUUAUCACGAACGUUGACCGGGACGGUUAGUUGAUCGCUCUUUUUCGAAAAAGGAUGUGUCUCUGGUCGGUCGACAAAUUUGGAGUGUUUUCGGCGCGUACGAAGAAUUCUUAAUCGCACCACCCAGUCCCGGUUCUAAGUGAUGUGAAUCGCCUUAAAUUAUGGCGCAUCAGCGUGGUUUGACGUGGAUCGUUGCGAUUGUCGCAAUCGUACCAGUUUUGGAGUGUCUUUCCUUUGGCAGUGACAAUAGGACGAUCGGGAAUUAUUUCGAUUUCACGCGCUUCUGGGGCAUCCACUAUGGCGAUCCAAAGCUUCGCCGCAGCUACGAUUACGUCAUUGUGGGUGCUGGUCCAGCGGGAUCGGUGCUGGCAAGGCGCCUAAGUGACGACCCCAAAGUGACCGUCCUGCUACUGGAAGCUGGCAAGGGAGAACUACCCAUCUUCACGGAUAUUCCACUUGCAGCUCCGAAUCUCCAAGCCACAGACUACAACUUUGCGUACGAAAGUGAAGUGCAAUCGAUCGGAUGUCAGGGCUUGUGGGAUCGAAAGUGCAGUUGGCCCCACGGCAAGGGCGUCGGAGGAUCGUCGAUCAUCAACUACAUGAUCCACACCCGCGGAAAUCGAAGAGAUUACGAUGGGUGGGCUCGAGCCGGAAAUCCCGGCUGGAGCUGGGACGAGAUCCUUCCCUACCACAUCCGAUCGGAACGAGCCAACAUCCGAGACUUCGAAGACAACGGAUUCCACGGCCAAAACGGGCCUUUGUCAGUGGAAGAUUGUCCGUUCAGGUCAAAAGUGGCGCACGCAUUCGUUCGCAGUGCCCAGCAGGCAGGCUAUCGAUAUCUGGACUACAACGCGGGCGAACUUAUCGGCGUGUCGUAUCUGCAGGCCACAACGCUGCGAGGCACGCGGGUCACCAGCGGGACAGCGUACUUGGCCCCGAUAGCGACGCGCAAGAAUCUGCACAUUCUGACAAAGGCUUGGGCCACCAAGGUGUUGAUCGAUCCCGUUUCCAAGGAAGCCACCGGAGUGCUAUUCUCGAGAAAUAAGAAGGUCUUCAAGGUGAAGGCCAACCGGGAAGUCAUCCUGUCUGCUGGAGCUUUCGAAAGUGCCAAACUGCUCAUACUGUCUGGAGUGGGGCCUGCCAACCAUCUGGAAAGCUUGGGAAUACCGGUCAUUCAGAAUCUUCCAGUCGGAGAGCAGUUGUACGAACAUCCGGGAACCUUCGGUCCAGUCUACCUAGUCAAGAAGCCCAUCGACAACUUCAUCCAGCUGGACGACAACAUCAACCUGCGUAACAUUAUCCGUUACAUAAACGGGCGAGGACUCUUCACAACCAAUUCGGUGGAGAGCUUGAUGUACAUCAAGACCCCGGUAGCGGAAAGUCCCGAUCCCGGUCUCCCGGACGUCGAAAUCAUGCAAGCUUUCACGUCGAUUGAUUUCGAUUCCGGUCCAGGCACUGCCACGGCGUUCCGACUGUCCAACGAAACGUACGACGGCUACUUCCGUCCGAUUCGCAACGUGCGAUCGUUCAUGUACCUUCCGCUGCUGUUGAAGCCCAGGACGAAGGGAAAGCUGCGGCUGAAGUCACGGAAUCCCUUCCAGCAUCCCCGAUUUGAGUAUCAGUACUUUGAGGAUGAUCGCGACCUGGAUGCUCUGGCGUAUGGAAUUGAGGAAGCGAUUCGAGUGACCUCACAGCCAGCAUUUCGUGAGCUUGGUGUUGAGUUGUACUCGCGAAAGGUACCAGGCUGCGAGGAGCUCGAAUUCAACACCCACGAGUAUUGGCGAUGCCACGUGCGGGUUCUGACUGCGACUUUCCAUCAUCAGGUCGCCACCUGCAAAAUGGGCCCACCAACGGAUCCGGAAGCCGUUGUAGACGCCCGGCUUCGUGUCUACGGCGUUGGUCGGCUACGCGUGGUCGACAUCGGAAUCGUGCCGGAUCCUCCGGCGGCGCAUACGGCCGCAGUGGCGUACGGUAUCGGUGAGAAAGCGGCCGAUAUGAUAAGGGAAGAUUUUGCGGCAGGUGCUACCGGAAGUCGGAUUCACAAAGCUAUCCAUAGUGACGGGUUUGGUGGGAGGGCUGAUAUUCCGAUAGAGUUUGAGGCGCAGCGGAUGUUUGGUAGAAUUGUUGGUCCAAGGCCGUUUGAUGAGAGUGCGUUUGUGAGGAUAACGCGGUUUAGGAGGGAGGUUGGUAGCUUUAAUGGGUCGCUAAGUGAGCAGGACCAAGGCAUUUUAGAUGAGGAUAAUAAAGUGUAGAGGAUAAUUAGCUCCAUUGCCAUUUUUAAUUUAGGGCUCGAAAUGGUUUAACCGAAUCAUUCAGUUCGAUUCGAAUAAGCCUACAGUUAUGCAACGUUUCAUAGGAUACCAAAUGAAUCAGUGCGCUAAGCAUUACUCUAGGGUAAGCUGGCAAUUGUUGAGGAUAUUUGUUAUAAAUGUUUUUUUAUUUUACUCAGAUGCAGUCAAAGUCGUCAAUUAAAAUUACUAGAAUAAAAAAGCAAAACGUAAGAAAAUUCGUUGCCAUUCUAUAGGAAUACCAGUUGAAACUGAGACUUGAAUGAUCGAAAAUUUGGCAUAAAAUGAAAAAUGUCAUUAUUUAAUUUUUUAAUGUCUACAUUUACACGACCAUAAACCACAAAGUUUCGUUUUACGUUUCAAGACAAGUAAAAAAAAUUCCCUACAGUAACUUAUUUUAAGCAGUUCUCUAGAUUCUCACGAUUUUUAAUUUUUGAUUUGAAUAAAAAUUUGUCCAACACACUCAUAGGUUAUACACUCAUAAUUUAAAUAAUGUUCUUGGUAUUUAAAGGGAAACCUUGAAAAGAUUCAUCAAACAAUUAAUUUCAUUGCAUAUUUUUUACAAUCGACUGGUACAACAAAAGUAACUUUUUGCAGAACUAUUUAUUGACGAGUAAGUACCACUAAUACGUAUUUUUAUCCUAAAACUGAGCUUUUUGUUUAUUUUGAUCACAUUUUUCAUUCCUCAAAAAAAAAAAAAAAAAGAUCGAUAACAAUACUCUCUACUUUUGGCGAAUAGUAAAUUGGUUCCACUUUGACAGUUCAAAAUUGAGGCCGUUUUGCGAACCACUAUUAA